AUGCAGGACGAGGGCGCCGCCCCGUUCGCGGCGGGGUCUGUGCCUCCGUCGGACGCGGGGUCGCCGGCUGCCGUACCAAUGCGCUCGACCUUUUCCUGCUCGCCGCGCGAUUUCCGACUGCCCCUCGCGCCGAUGGAGGCCGAGUCGCCGCGCGUGCACGCGCGGCGGUACCACGCGCGCAAGCUGUCGAGUGCGCCGCGCGACAAGAACAAAAUGCGCGUGGCUGAGCUGCUACAGGAUGAAAGGUGCCCUGUUGAGUCGGAGGUUGCCUCGGAGGCGCGCCUUCAGCGGCGCCUUGUGGGCGAAACAAGCCCCCACGAUCUCGUGUCGCGACGCGCGCGGCGCGCGCGCCUCGCCGGCCUCUGGGGCGAGCCAGUGCACGAGGCGCAGUCAGCCAGUCUCUUUGGCGAGCUGGGUCCGAGCCAUCUGCACGUCGUGACGCACGACGACGACAUGGAUGACCCGCUUGACGGCACGUCGUCGACGCCCCUGGACGACAUGCACAGCUCGUCGGACGACAUGUCAGACGAGGAGCCGCGCGCGUGCGACAUUGCGCUUGAUGAGUCGUUCCCGCCGCCGGCCGCGCCCGUCGCUCCCUUCUCCGAGCCGCUGUGGAUGCCGGGCGCGAGUCCGCGCCUCGGCACGAAGCGCAAGCACGACGAGUCGACGCCGUAUGCGCGCCGGCGGCCGCCAGCACCUGUGGCACCGUGGCUCUUGUCGGGCGCGUCGUCGCCCCGCAGCAUGGCAUCGCCCCGGCGCCCUUUCCUGUUCGGCCAUGCGGCGGUAUCGCCGUCGUCGUCGCCCCUCGCGCUGAGCGCGCUGAGCGCGCCGCGCCGCACGCCCACGCCCGUCCACACGGCCAGCGUACCCCACUCGCCCCACGACGAGCCCAUGUCGCCCAGCAUGACGCCCUGGAAGCCGCUCGCUCGCUCGCCCAGCGCUGGCGCCGGGCCCCUAGCUGGCUCGGGGCCCGGCUACGGCAGCGUCGCGAUCGGGCUUCGUAUCGGGUCCCGCACCGCAUGGGACGCCCCGCACCUCGACGAGCGUGCGGACGGCGGUAGUAUGGACGAGGGCGUGCGCCUUUUGGGCCUCACCUGA